CUGGGAGGAGGACUAGAGGCAAACGAACGUGUCUGGCAUAGCUUGUCAGCUGUAGCGUUUCUGAACGCACUCGCUGAGGGUGAGAAAGAAAUCGAGGGUUGCAGGGGACCAAGGUGUCAAAGCGACAGGUCGUGAUUGCGUGCGCGAGCAGCUAACUCUCUCGAGCCCUGCGAGGCGCCCUUCUACGUCUGCCCUCUCUAUUCUCGGAAGCUUCCAUUUCUCCCCGGCACAUCUUUUUCUCUCCUGUAUUCCUUCUUUUAGAGCUUGAUUUCGCCCAAGAAGCGCUCCCUAUAAGAAGUGUUUUGUGCGUGUGGAGGCAAGCUACAGUACAGAACCACUCGUUUCCCCUUCCUCAUUCUUUUUUAUUUCCCCUCUCGUCUUUUCUUUUCCUCCUUCCUUCGACCUCCCGCCCACAAAGGAUCGCUAAGCACCGGAUGGAUUUGCCACGCGUCCUCAGCAUGUCGCCUCACAAAUGGGACCUGCGGUCGCUGUACCUGAUCGCGUUCGCAUCGGCUCUUCUCAUUCAACGCUCCACGGCAUAUUCUGUUAAGAAAAGCUGCACAACGCCAGAUGGCACAAAAUCAGAGGGCCAGGUCUGGUAUGACGACGCACGCUGCAUCAAGAUGACAUGCAUGCAGGGAUUUCCCGUAACAUCCAGCUGCGGGAAGCCGCAGCCGAGGGGCAAGAACUGCAGAGAGAUCCCGGGCAAAGGGCGCUUCCCCGAGUGCUGCACAAAGCUGCUUUGCCAGACAGGGCUAGCGCCCAGCAACAUGGGUUCAUUGACGCAACAAGCGAGGAGAAUACUGCUGGAGUCCGACUCGAAACCAGCGAGGGGUCCAGACCAAGUGCCUGCCAUGAAGCGUGCUGCUCCUGAGUCCAUGAAGCCGAUGGCCAGAAGUGGCCACAGCAGCGCACGAAGCUUGAGUCCUGGACUUAUCAAGAAGGUGUUAGAGAGAGGCCGCAACAGUGGCGCAGAGUCGCGUGCGGUCGAAGAGAUCAACAUGACGGAAUCAUUGCCCACGGUCGGUCUUGGCCGCAGUGACGCCGAAGAGCGAUCAGGACUGCCAGGGGACAUAAAAUAUUAAUAAUAAAUAUACUCGUCAUAACACCUCG